GCUCUGGUCUUGUCAGGUCGUGCCUGAACACAUCUGACUGAGAAGCGAAAGUGAAAGACGUCACUUAGUGUGAAAUGACAAGCGAAACCUUUACACCGGUAGCCGAGUGCGAUGUAUUUUCCUCAGAGCUCGGAAUAUGAAGAGGAGUUGGUUUUUUCCGGGACUCCAGUCAGUGGGAAACACUAUGAAUGGCAGCUGUCAAAUGGACACGAGUGGCAGACAAUUGAUCACGACCAUGUGAUCGAGACCCACUACUGCCAACCUGGGGCGAAAGGAAUCACCAUCAACACUAUCCAAGGGAAGGUGUUCAUUGACUUUGAUAAGUUGCAGACUCAGAACUCCGCUCUAAAGGUUCAGAGACUGAGCUUCGUGCCACAGGGUCAAACAGAGGACGUGGGCUGGUACUACAGAGAUGACCAGCUGUGGCGUGAAUAUGGCUCCCAGGGCUCCAGCAUGUUGGCCUCAUCAGUCAGCAGCAGAGAUGUUGAGAGUCAGUUCGCUCUCAACCCUCAGGGAAGGUUUAACUUCACAGUGGGCACCACAGGCUACACCCUCGACUUCUCCACCAUGAUCCAAACAAACUCCAUCACAGGCUUGCGCAGGAAUGUACGCAGGCGACCAAAAUUCACAUCCAACACUGGGAGCCUUUACUCCACCUCAGUCCUGCCUAUGGCUUCCUCGUCCCAGCCUGCUGAUGGAGGCUACAUGUGGGAAUUCAUGGGAGACGAGGGGGAGUGGACAGAAUACCAAGCACAUAUAUGUUCGUUUGACAGCGCUGCCAUCGAGACACAAUACCAGCUGAACCCACAGGGCCAGCUACACUUCAACAUCAACAGAUACUCGUACACACUGGAUUUUUCAAGAAUGUGUCAAGUCAAUAACCAAAUCGGGACUAGAAGAGCAGUGAGGAGGAUUCUUAAAAACUGGAGCCAACAGGGCGGCAGGUCAGGAGACACAUUUCACUAUGAAACAAGGACCUCAAAAAUAUUAGUUUCAGAGGCAACACCACGAUGGCAGUUCCAAGAUAUUGGUGGAGUAUGGAAAGAUUACUCCAAAAAGUAUCGUCACUGCAGUGUCUCCAGUCAGGACAUUGAGCUCCAAUACCAACAGAACCCAUCAGGCUCCAUGUGUUUUACCGCCAAAAACUUUAGCUACGAGCUGAACUUCUCAGCCAUGACCCAGAGAAACCUGUCCACAUAUACCACCAGAUCAGUGCGACGACUUGCUCAGUAACAGAUUUGGAAGCCGGGAGUUACUUUAAUGGCAAUUCUUUUACCAGUUAUGUCAUCGCUUUCUUCAGGUCGUCUCUUGUCUGUAUUCAUACUGCCUCCUCUCUUUGCUGUUUGGAUGAUCUUAUACAAUAAUUAUUUAAACCUGGGAUAUUUAAUAAAAAGUGUCAGGGAAGACUUAAUAAUAUUUAUAUCAAUAGGAACAGGAACCAUGAGUAAAAUGCACUUCCUUUUCCUAAAGCAUUCUGCCAGUUUAUUGUGAAUGCUUUUUUUAUCUCUAAUAUUUUAGGUUUAUUUUUAACCAUAAACUGAGAUGUUUACCAAUGUUUGAUAUAACCCUGCCUUAUUUUAAGCCUCGGUAAAUCCUAAAUUGUUCAUACACACUGCUGUGUAACCAAUGCACUUUUUAACUGUUGUUUACCUUUUGACAAGAUACCUCUUGUAACCUAAAACCAAAGUGAAGUUAACAUGCACAAUUUAAUAAUGUAUAUUAAAUCGUGCAUGUUAAUAUCAAAAUGUUUAUUAACACUGCCUUGUAAUCAGUACACUUUGUAUUGUUUUUCUUUUCUGAAUUAAAGUUACUUUCACUCCA